AGCAAAGCAAGCGCGGUUUAGGGUUUUAGCACCAAAAAAAAAUCCCAAAUGGAAAAAACGGAAGAAGAAGAAAGCAAAGAAGUUGUUCUGAGACGGUUAGAGGAGUCAGUGAAUGCACAUCCUGAUGAUCCUUCUCUUCACUUUGAUCUCGGAGUGAGGUUGUGGGAGAAUGGAGAAGAAUCGAACAAUAAGGAAAAGGCGGCGGAGCACUUUGUAAUAUCGGCGAAACUAAACCCUCAAAACGGUGCCGCAUUUAGAUAUUUAGGGCAUUAUUACUCAGGAGUUUCCCUUGAUACCCAACGGGGUCUCAAGUGUUAUCAGAGAGCUGUUUCACUCAAUCCUGAUGACCUCCAAUCCGGGGAAGCAUUGUGUGAUUUGUUGGAUAGAGAUGGGAAGGAGAGUUUGGAGGUGGCAGUGUGCAGAGAAGCUUCGGAAAAGUCACCGAGAGCUUUUUGGGCAUUUCGGAGAUUGGGUUACUUGCAGGCACAUCAAAAGAAAUGGCCUGAAGCUGUACAAAGUCUUCAACAUGCCAUUCGGGGCUAUCCUGCCUGCCCUGAGUUAUGGCAAGCUUUGGGUCUUGCUUACCAGCGUUUGGGCAGGUUCACUGCUGCUCUUAAGUCUUAUGGGCGAGCCAUUGAAUUGGACAAUACAAAUGUAUUUGCUAUGAUUGAAAGUGGAAACAUCUUUUUGAUGCUUGGCUCCUUUAAAGAGGGAGUUGAGCGGUUUAAGCAAGCUCUAGAGAUUUCACCUGAAAGUGUGUCUGCACGGUAUGGGCUUGCUUCUGGGCUACUUGGUUUGGCAAAGGCAUGGAUUAACUUGGGAGCAUUCAGAUGGGGAGCUUCAUUAUUAGAGGAAGCAUCUGAGGUUGCAAAAACAAGUACACAUUUGGCUGAGAAUAUGUCAUGUAUUUGGAAGUUACAUGGUGAUAUUCAGCUUGCAUAUGCAAAGUGUUUUCCAUGGAUGGAGGAAGGCCAGGGUUUAGAAUUUGAUGUGGAAACUUUUAAUGCUUCUAUUCUUUCUUGGAAGAAAACCUGCAUUUUAGCUGCCAUAUCUGCCAAAUGUUCUUAUCAGCGAGCUUUGCACUUGGCCCCAUGGGAAGCUAAUAUCUAUACUGACAUUGCAAUAACUGCAGAUCUUAUAUCCUCCCUAACCAUGAGUGAUGGAAACGACUUCAAUGAUUGGCAGCUAUCAGAGAAGAUGGCUUUGGGGGCUUUGUUACUUGAGGGUGACAAUUAUGAGUUUUGGGUAGCAUUGGGAUGCUUGUCUGACCAUAAUGCAUUGAAACAACAUGCCUUAAUUAGGGGAUUGCAAUUGGACGUAUCUCUAGCUGUUGGUUGGGCAUACCUUGGGAAGCUCUAUCGGGAAGAGGGUGAAAACCAAUUGGCAAGGAAAGCAUUUGAUUGUGCCAGAAGUAUAGAUCCUUCACUUUCAUUACCAUGGGCAGGCAUGUCAGCGGAUUUUAAUGCUAGGGAUCCUUCACCAGAUGAAGCUUUUGAAAGCUGCCUGCGAGCUGUGCAGAUAUCACCUUUUGCAGAAUUCCAAAUUGGUCUUGCAAAGCUUGCUCUGUUUUCAGGGCAUCUCUCAUCUUCACAGGUUUUUGGAGCUAUCCAGCAGGCCGUCCAACAUGCGCCUCAAUAUCCUGAAUCCCAUAAUUUAUAUGGGCUGGUUUGUGAGGCAAGAUUUGAUUAUCAAUCUGCUGCUGCUGCUUAUCGGCUAGCACGCUGUGCAAUCUGCAGUUUUCCAGACAGUGUUCCAAAAUCUCAUACCAGAGAUAUAUCAUUAAAUUUGGCAAGAUCUCUUUGUAAGGCAGGGAAUGCUAUAGAUGCUUUACAGGAAUGUGAAGAUUUGAAGAAAGAAGGUAUGCUUGACGUGGAAGGCCUUCAAGUAUAUGCUUUCUCUUUAUGGAAACUUGAUAAACAUGACUUGGCUCUUUCUGUGUUGAGAAAUCUGGCUGCGAGUGUUUCUGCAAUGGAGCAGACAUCUGUGGCCUCCCCUGUUAGUUUCAUCUGUAGAAUGCUGUAUUUCAUGUCUGGACUAGAUUCAGCAAUUAGUAGUAUACUGAAAAUGCCAAAGGAACUCUUUCAGAAUUCAGGAAUUAGUUUUAUAGUGUCUGCCAUUCAUACUCUUGAUACAUGUGAUCGGCUUGAGCCAGUUGUUUCAAGCAGCCGGCGCGCUCUUAAAUCUCAUGAAGAGAUCACUGAAAUGCACUUUUUGAUAGCACUUGGUAAACUGGUUAAACAUGGAACAGAAUUUUGCCUUGGAUUUCAGUCUGGUGUGGCUCAUCUUAGAAAAGCUCUUCACAUGUACCCUAACAGUAGUUUGAUAAGGAACCUACUUGGCUAUCUUUUGCUAUCUAGCAAGGAAUGGAAUGAUACUCACGUUGCAACUAGGUGCUGCAAUGUAGACAGCACUAACUAUCAAAAUAAAGGAGGUUUGAAAUCAGCAAGCGAAAUCCUUGGUGCUGGAGCAGUUGCUUGUUAUGCCGUUGGCAAUAGCAAUCCCAAGUUUUCUUUCCCAUCAUGUACAUACCAGUGCCUGAAUGGACAUGGAGCUAUCCAGCAGUUGCAGAAAUGCCUGCGUCGAGAACCAUGGAAUCAUAAUAUCCGUUACUUGCUUAUACUCAAUUUACUACAAAAGGCUCGUGAAGAGAGAUUUCCUCAUCAUCUCUGUAUUAUACUCAAGCGGUUAAUGUCUGUGGCCCUUCCUAGUGAAGUUUACUCUAAGACAGACAAUUGUUAUCAAAAGUUUCAGCUUUUACUUUGUGCUUCUGAGAUCAGCUUGCAUAGUGGGAAUAAAACUUGCUGCAUCGACCAUGCCAAAAAUGCUUCAAAGCUUUUGCUUCCUGAUGCUUAUCUCUUCUUUUCACACUUACAAUUAUGUCGUGCCUAUGUUGUAGAAGGUGAUAUUAUAAAUCUUCAGAAAGAGUACAUAAGAUGCUUGGAGCUCAAGACAGAUUAUCAUAUUGGUUGGAUAUGUCUUAAAUUUGUGGAAUCUCAAUAUCAUGUGCAAACUGAUUUGAACAUCUUAGACUUGUGCUUUAAAGAAUGCUCAACAGAGAGGGAUUAUUCAUGGAAUAUGUGGAUGGCUAUAUUUAAUCUGGUGUUUGGUUUGAUUUCUAUAUGGAACCAGGAUUUCCUUUCUGCAGAAGAGUUUCUUGCACAAGCUUGUUCAUUGGCUGGUGCUGAGAGCUGCCUCUUUCUCUGUCAUGGUGCCACCUGUAUGGAGCUUGCCAGGCAGUCACGUGGUUCACAGUUCUUAUCACUUGCUGUAAAGAGUCUCACUGAAGCUCAAAAAACUUCUCUCAUUCCCUUACCUGUUGUCUCGGUGUUGCUGGCUCAGGCCGAGGGAAGCCUCAGUUCUAAAGAGAAGUGGGAGAGAAACCUCCGUCUUGAAUGGUUUGCUUGGCCACCAGAGAUGAGGCCUGCAGAACUCUUUUUUCAAAUGCAUUUGCUUGCAAGACAAUCAAAAUCAGAUCCCAAAUCUCCAUCCAAUGUGGAGUUCUGUCAGAGUCCGGAGAAAUGGGUUCUUCGGGCGAUCCAUACAAACCCUUCCUGUAUUAGAUAUUGGAAGGUUUUGCAGAAGCUUAUGACAUGAUUCGGAGUAGGAUAUGGCAUACCUCCAAAUUCAGCACCCGGUUGUUCAAAAUCUCUUACUUGAUUGACUUAUUUGUAUAUGCAACUGUGCCACAUUUGCUUAGAAAGUAAGCAUGAGCUGCACAAAAGGUUGCAGUAUCGGGCUCACCGAUCUGUCUGGGAAAUAAAUCCCUCUGUUGCUCUCUCAGGCUCUGGUGCUGCUGAAGGGCCUCAUGUUUAAUUGUAUGCCCAUUAUGUCAUGUUGUUACUCCCCACUGUAUGUAAAUUAUGUAAUGUUAUUUUUUACUGUAGCAUGCUUCUGUAGAUUAGGUUUUAGUCAUUGCAGAAACAUUUAUCCAUUUGUAACAUUUACACAGGUGCUUCUAAUAUUAUUGAUCCUUAUUUCGA